AUGUCAUCUUCGGAUCUUCAACAGGUUCAUCCGGAUUCGCCACCAAAUACACCAACAAAAUCAACACAGGCUAAUUGCUAUUGUGGAUCUGUGCCAAUUGGUAAGAGACGCAGAGGGGCUAGAGAAGCUAGGGAAGUUAGAGACGCAGAGGAGCUAGAGAAGCUAGAGAGGCUAGAGAAGCUAGGGAAUCUAGGGUAGAUAGAGACGCAGAGGAGAUAGAGAGGCUAGAGAGGCUAGAGAGGCUAGAGAGGCUAGAGAAGCUAGAGAGGCUAGAGAGGCUAGAGAGGCUAGAGAAGCUGGGAAAUCUAGAGACAAUAUAGUUUACAGAGACGCAGAGAAGCUAGAGAAGCGCAUUUAAUUAGAAAAAAACAACGACACUCCGCUCGUUCAAACAGUCUGUGAAUAUUAAACAACUGGCAAGCGGAGUGUCGUUGUUUUUUUUUGUUUUUUGCCCGUUUUUCGUUGCUAAUUCAAUUUCUGAUGAAUUUGUGAAGUUUUUCUGGAAAUUCUUUAAAAAAAUCAAACUAGACUCUAGUUUUAACAAAAAAUAAAGAAUUUUUGCAGCUCUUUCUGCCAACACACUUGCUGACACCUUGAAAGUCUCUCCACUUUAUAAACAACAAGAGUGAGUUUUUUUCAGAUAUCUAGAUUUUCCUUCAAAAAAAAAUCAAAUUCCAGUUCUGCUCGUUGGAAUGCGGCUGCUCAAGUCUACCGUUCAUCGCGUGCAGUUAGCCCAACUCAAGACGAAAAAUUCACUUUUGAUAUUGCUCCAUCGACAAUCAAUCAAUUGACAAGUCCGAAAUUGUCAACAACAAAGUGAGUUUUAAUUUUUUGGGAGACGCAGAGACAAAAAUAAGCAGUCCCAAAAAUAAGCAGUCCCAAAAAGGUAAGCAGUCCAAAAAAUAUAAGCAGUCCCGAAAAGUUAAGCAGUCCCAAAAAUAUAAGCAGUCCCAAAAAUAUAAGCAGUCCCAAAAAUAAGCAGACACAAAAAUAUAAGCAGUCCCAAAAAGUUAAGCAGUCCCAAAAAGAUAAGCAGUCCCAAAAAGUUAAGCAGUCCCAAAAAUAUAAGCAGUCCCAAAAAUAAGCAGUCCCAAAAAUAAGCAGUCCCAAAAAUAAGCAGUCCCAAAAAGUUAAGCAGUCCUAAAAAAGUUAAGCAGUCCCAAAAAUAUAAGCAGUCCCAAAAAUAAGCAGUCCCAAAAAUAAGCAGUCCCAAAAAUAAGCAGUCCCAAAAAGUUAAGCAGUCCCAAAAAGUUAAGCAGUCCCAAAAAGAUAAGCAGUCCCAAAAAUAAGCAGACACACACACAAAACAUAGCGCAUCGCUUUCCCGCUAGAAAUGUGCGCGUGGCGAAGUGGUAGAGUGUUCUGCCGGCAUCGAUGAGAUGCAGGUUCGAAUCCACCUGCCCGCAGAAAUUUUUUUUUUCGAUUUUUUUUUGAAUGAAAAGUUUCGAAGAGCUGGGAAAUUGUAAACAAAUAUGAGCGCUUUCGAGGUCAAAAACCAAAUCAUUAUUAUUUUUUUCCUGUGCUCUUCCCCAGUUUUUCAUUUUUCUCUUCAUAAUAUUAUUUUUUCCCCACAGAACUCCAAUAUCAUUGGAAGAUAUUGCUGAUAUGAAUCGUCGUCGUCAUGACAUCGAAGGUGGUGUUCUUCCACCAUGUCCUGGUGUCGGACCACUCGAACUUGAAGCAAUCGCAGCUGUUCAUGAAUUGGCGCAAGAAGUUCAGGAUAUUAGUGUUUCGGAAAUGUUGCCGAGGACCAGUGAUUUGAUUUUUGUUAAUGUUAAAACACAGGAAGGUUGGUUUUUUGGACACUCUGAAGUAUUUUGUAGGAUUUCUGAAAUUUUUAGAUUUAAAAAUAUAAAAAAUUCUGAAAUUGUUUCCCUGAAGCUUGAAUUUCAAUUUGAAAAAUGUUGAAAAACAGUUUUCAAAUUUAAUUUUCUUUUCGGAAUUUCUGAAAUUUGGUUUCAUAAAUUUUUUUUGAAAAUCUAAAAAUCCACGUGGCAUAUUUUAAUCCAAUUUUUAAAGAAUAUUUUCAGAAUUUGUCAUGGGAACAAAAUUAAAGUUUGAAAAAUCUUGAAUUCAAAAAUUUUUUCACUGAAGCCAAGUUUUCAUAUUCUGAAUUUAAAUAAAAUUUUUAAAACUUUAAAUAUUUAAAUUUUAAAAUUCAGAUUUUCAAAGUAGAUUUUUCUUGGAAAAUUUUUUGACAGGUAAAAUUUCCAAAUCAAACCUGAAAGAUUUUCAGAGUUUUUUUCUCCAAAUUUUGAAUUGGAAAAUUGAAAUUUGUAUUUUUUUUUGGAUUUCUGGAUUUUUAUUUACUUUGGAAAAUUUUGAAGUUCAAAAAACAGUCUGAAAAUCCACGUGGCAAAUUUCAGGUCUGAAAUUCAAGAUUUUCAAUUUCAAAUUUUCCAGGCUGCCCCUACACUUUGGAACUGACAAUGAAAGGCUGGCGAAUCGCCUCAUCUCACACAGAUUGUAUGAAUGGAGACUACACUAAGGUAACCUUAAUUUUUAAGGCCUUAAAUUUAGAGAUUUAAAUUUAGAGGCCGAAAUUUAGAGCUCAAAUUUUAGAGAUUAAAAAAAUUGUUUUUUUUUAGAAAUUUUUAUUUAAAGACCUAAAUUUAUUCCAAACCCUAAAUUUAGAGCCUUAAAUUUAAGGUUCACCCUAAAUUACCCUAAUUCCAGAUAUCUCUCCACACAAAAUACUACAAAAAUGCGCGAGAAUUGCUGAAAUUCAUCUCACCCGAUCAUACAACUCGCUUCAAUGAAUCGGUGGCUGAAAAAUUGACAAGACUCGCUGGAAUUACAGCAUAA